AUGCCUGGCAUCAGUGAGUUUAUUAAACAGCCUGUGGAGGGAGACACAUCCUCGAGCCCGAGCAACAAACCCAUCAAACCCAUUAAACUCCCGCAGCGGGAAACGACGUUAACGACCUGUUCUCCGCUCCCACAUUCCUCCGCGGCGGCGAUGAUGACGUCACGAAGUGUUCCUCAAACAUCCCGACACCAGACCCUCCUCAUCCUCUCCGGAUCCUCUGCGACUCACUGCCUCUCAGGACCCGACACCGGACCUCAUCCUCCGGACUCACAGUCCUCAGCACCCGUUGCCGAGCUCUCUCGGCUCCCUAACAUCCACUCGCUGGCCCCGGGGCUCGUGGAGCAGCUGAGGAGCGUGGAGCAGAACCGGCCCUCCACGCCUGCCCAACUACAGGCCGUACAGGACGGGGUUAAAGUGCUGGAGAGCCUCGUCGCCAUGGCAGAGGAACACAGCCGAGUUCAGUUGCUGGCUCUGCUGGUGCCGACGCUCAUCUCAUACCUGCUGGACGAGACGAGUGUCUCCACGGCACCCAGCUGCUCCACAGGCCUGCACGAGUUCGCCCUGCAGAACCUGAUGCACAUCGGGCCGCUGUACCCCGCAGCCUUCAAGACCGUCAUGGGGGCAGCGCCAGAACUCAAGACCCGGCUCGAGGCGGCCAUCAGAUCCACACAGGCCAACAGCAAAGCCAAGGCGGCGGCCAGACAGGCUCAGCCCAGUGUGCAAGCGGCGCCCACCAUCAAACUCAAGACCAGCUUCUUCUAGUCCAUCACCUGGAUGUCUGUAGAACGCUGACGUGAAUAAAAGUUACAGUGACGCUGUCAUAAAUCAUAAGGAUCUGUUACAAGCUUUACAUCUUGUUUGUUUUUAUGGACACAUUUGAAAUGCACCUUCAUUCAAACUUAAUAACCUACUUUUGAAAGCUCACGUUACACUGGUGGAAAUAGAGAUUCCCAUUUACCUGAAUAUUUCCAUGAACACAUUCCCAUGUUGUUGUUGUUUUUUUAACUGUGUUGCUUUUAUUAUAAUUUAAGCCUCAUAUCAUAUUUAUAAAUUUUCCAGAAAUUUCACAAAAAUGUGUGGUUUCUGGUCAGUAAUGAUCAUUGUUUUAAAGAUUCAAGUAUGAACUACUUGACUUCUGCUGUGGUUGUCUAUGAAUUCGGCUGAAUCGCUGUUUAAAUGUUGUUGGGGUCUGGGAAUCUAAUGAAUAUUUUACAGUUGCUCAAUGCUGGAGUUCUUGUUUGAGCUUUUAAUAACUUGAUUAUGUCUGCCUUUCAUUGCCUGUCAUUCAUUAAGUAAAAAUAUGUAAUAUAUGCA